UUUYUCCUUCAGAUUGGUGCAAGAGCACACUUGCGAUCAAUAGGAUACAAGGAUGAAGAUUUUUCCAAACCAAUAAUAACUGUGGCCUGUCCCUACAGCAACAUCUUGCCCUGUAAUUUUCACUUCAGGGAACUUGCAGAUCAUGUAGUUCAAGUAAUCGAGGCUCUUGGAGGGAAAGCAUGUUUGAGUUAUACUCCAGUCAUAAGUGAUGCAGAAACAAUGGGCACGGCCGGGAUGAAAUAUUCACUAAUAUCACGUGACUGGAUUGCGGACUGCGUGGAAAUCAUGCAUCAGGGCUACUCAGGGGAUGGUAUUAUUAGUCUUGCUGGUUGUGACAAGACAAUACCUGGGGUACUGAUGCCUCUUGCGAGACUAGAUGCGACAGGAGUGGUUAUUUAUGGUGGCACGAUGCCUCCAGGCUGUGGCAAGAAACGUCAAAACUUGAGUGCUGGAAGUCCAUUCGAGGCUCAAGGUGCUUACAGUAAAGGAUUGAUGGACAUCGAAGACCUGAAUGACAUCGAGUGUCACUCCAUCCCCAGUGCUGGUGCUUGUGGUGGUAUGUUCACAGCCAAUACCAUGUCUUCUGUGACUGAAGCAUUAGGGAUGACCCUCCCAGGUAGUGCAUCUGGAGUUGCCGUAGUAGAGGGAAACAAGGUAACAGACAAAAAGAAAGUAGAGUGCGAGGAAGCAGUUAAAGCAUUGUUCGCCCUGAUGGAAAAAGGACAAAAAACAAGAGAUAUAAUCAGCAGAAAGGCUUUCGAAAAUGCUAUCACGGUAAUGUACGCGUUGGGUGGUUCGACUAAUGGCGUUCUUCAUCUCCUUGGUCUUGCACACGAAGCUGAGGUCAAACUUGAAAUCGAAGAUUUUAAUCGAAUUGGAGGCAAAGUUCCUAUCUUGGCUAACGUCAAACCUCAUGGAAAGUACCAAAUGGCUGACAUUGACAAAGUUGGCGGUCUACCAAUUCUUCUCAAAGAGCUUCUCGAUGGAGGGUUUAUCCACGGGGAUCAACCGACAGUCAAUGGCAAGACUCUAGMUGAAAACAUGAAGAAUACGCCGUCUCUAAGAAGCAUCAAGACACAGGAUGUAAUAUUCCCGCUCUCUUCACCAGUAGCACCAGCAGGCCGUCAUAUCCUUAUCCUCAAGGGUAGUCUCGCACCAGAGAGCGCUGUACUCAAGCUAAGCGGAAAGGACGUCACCAAGGCAUUUCGCGGCCCGGCUGUAGUUUUUAAUGGUGAACAAGAAGCCUACAAAGCUGUCAUGGGUGGACAGAUCAAGGCUGGUGAUGUUCUUGUUAUACGAUAUGAAGGACCCAGUGGAAGUCCAGGAAUGCCAGAGAUGCUGUCGCCGGGAGCAGCGCUCGUAGGCGCAGGUCUAGGAACAAGCGUUGCCUUGGUUACUGAUGGYAGAUUCAGCGGUGCUUCCCAUGGAAUCAUGAUUGGUCACGUGUCGCCGGAGGCGCAGAGGGGMGGUCCUAUUGCGUUGGUUGAGGAUGRUGACGUGAUAACCAUUGACCCACAAGAGAAAACUCUAAACUUGGAAGUAUCUGAGGAUGUCAUGGAAGCACGAAAAGCACGAUGGACAGCACCAAACAGAAAACUGCCKGGUUUGCUUCAGAAGUAUUCUCGUAUCGUGUCCAGCGCACACAGAGGGGCCGUAACCCACUAAUCUAUUACUAUAGCCAAGAGAAAAUAAACUAAGAGAAGGAAUCUCUGUUAUUUAUGGUUGUCACCAUCAUAUGCAUGUAUUGAUUGCUAUUUUUAGGAUAACAUUUGCCGUCAUUUUUUUCUGCACGCGCUCGCUACUUUAUGCAUUUUGCUCACGUAAGAGAAAACAUGAGAAAAAGCGUAUAGUGCGCGCAGUAUACGCUUGCAGAAAAACAAACGUUUAAAUAAAUGAUUCUAAAAAUAGCACCAGUGAGUCUAAAAAUAGCAUCAAAAAGUGUUCAUGAUGAGGCGUGGGGAUUCAUUCCCUUAGUUCAUUUUUUGACUUGCCACAGCUGAUUAUUUUGUAUCACGAGUAAURACACGAAAAGAUUGAUGUGAUUUUUUUAAAUUUGAGGCAUCAAACUACCGUUAGGUUAUAAUAAAGAUCACUAGCGGUGAUAUAAAUAUAGGAAAGAAAUAAUGAAUAAAUGGAUGGCUUGAUAAACUAA